AUUAUUAAACACUGAAUGAUUUCCAGCAGGAACAUUGUCUUCUACAGUUACAUCUUUGAUUCUUUAUUCAGGUUGGAGCGCUGCAGUUUGUCAGAGAUCAGCUGUGCUUCUCUGGUCUCAGCUCUGAAGUCCAACCCCUCCCAUCUGACAGAGCUGGACCUGAACUACAACGAGCUGCAGGAUUCAGGAGUGAAGCAGCUGUGUGGUUUUCUGGAGAGUCCAGACUGCAGACUGAAGACUCUGAGGUUGGAGAGCUGCAGGUUGUCAGAGAUCAGCUGUGCUUCUCUGGUCUCAGCUCUGAAGUCCAACCCCUCCCAUCUGACAGAGCUGGACCUGAGUAACAACAUAAACCUGCAGGAUUCAGGAGUGAAGCAGCUGUGUGGUUUUCUGGAGAGUCCAGACUGCAGACUGGAGACUCUGAGGUUGAGGUGGUGCAGUUUGUCAGAGAUCAGCUGUGCUUCUCUGGUCUCAGCUCUGAAGUCCAACCCCUCCCAUCUGACAGAGCUGGACCUGAGCUUCAACAAGCUGCAGGAUUCAGGAGUGAAGCAGCUGUCUGAUCUUGUGGAGAGUCCAGACUGCAGACUGGAGACUCUGAGGUCAGUAGACGGUUUGGAUUCGGUCCGUGCUGGUUUCAGCAGGAUUGUCCUAAUACCAGUUAGUUUCAGAGAUCCAGUAUUUCCUGUAAAGCUGCAGUGUUUCAGCGUCUGCUUUCCUCAGUGAAGCUGUGAGAGGACAAC